ACUGUCCAGUGUCAUGGCUCCCUGUGUGAGUGGGUGAGCCAGAAGGGUCCGGUUUUGGUAUUAUGGUCGUAUUUGAGAUUUUAAAAGCAUUCAACGUUUGAUAGCUGACACGCUGUCUCUUUCUUGUUCUUUCUUGUAUUGCGUUAUAUUUAGGGAGGUAGUGUGUUACUAGUUUGUCAACAUGGCUGGGAGUAGCAUGGCACAGAAAACAUGGGAGCUACAAAACAGUAUGCAGGAAGUUCAGAGCAUAGAUGAAAUCUAUAAGUAUGACAAAAAACAACAACAGGAAAUCCUUGCUGCAAAGCCAUGGACUAAGGAUCAUCAUUACUUCAAGUACUGCAAGAUCUCUGCGCUGGCACUUCUGAAGAUGGUAAUGCACGCCAGGUCUGGGGGGAACCUCGAGGUGAUGGGACUGAUGCUGGGGAAAGUGGAUGGGGAGACUAUGAACAUCAUGGACAGCUUUGCCUUACCGGUGGAGGGCACAGAGACCCGGGUCAACGCGCAGGCUGCGGCUUAUGAAUACAUGGCUGCUUACAUUGAGAAUGCCAAACAGGUUGGUCGACUGGAGAACGCCAUUGGGUGGUACCACAGUCACCCAGGUUACGGGUGCUGGUUGUCAGGUAUUGAUGUCAGCACCCAGAUGCUCAAUCAGCAGUUUCAGGAGCCUUUUGUGGCGGUGGUGAUCGACCCCACUCGUACCAUAUCUGCAGGGAAAGUCAAUCUUGGCGCCUUCAGAACAUACCCCAAGGGUUACAAACCUCCAGAUGAGGGACCUUCUGAGUAUCAGACCAUUCCCCUGAACAAGAUCGAAGACUUUGGCGUGCACUGCAAACAGUAUUAUGCCUUGGAAGUUACGUAUUUCAAGUCUUCCCUUGACCGAAAAUUACUGGAGCUCCUCUGGAAUAAAUACUGGGUGAAUACUCUGAGCUCUUCAAGUCUUUUGACGAAUUCAGAAUACACCACUGGCCAGGUUUUUGACCUAUCUGAAAAGCUGGAGCAAUCUGAGGCCCAGCUGGGCAGAGGAAGUUUCAUGCUGGGCCUGGACACACACGACAGGAAGUCAGAGGACAAACUGGCUAAAGCUACACGAGACAGCUGCAAGACAACCAUUGAGGCCAUCCAUGGUCUGAUGUCUCAAGUCAUUAAAGAUAAACUCUUCAAUCAAAUCAACACGUCUGCCAACUAAGCACGAAACAGCCCAAGCAGAGUUUUCCCCUCGUGUGUCUAGCGGUGUAUGUUUAGCAUUUAGAUAUCUGGUUUUCAGGAUGAUCUGUUUAUUUGUUUUGAGCUCAACUUAUGUUCACAUAAGCUCAUAAAUAAAUAUUUCUGGUGUGUACA